AACGCGACGAGAAUAGGACGUUUCAACGAUACAUCCGCACUCCUGAAAGUAAAGGUUCUCAUUGAAAACAUAAACAAUCGAUGUAAAGCGCAGUAUGGAGAUUGAUGGAAAUGCAGUUUUAGCAAAAGUGUUGAGGGAGCAGGGUGUGGAAUAUGUCUUCGGAAUCGUUGGAAUACCGGUCGUCGAAUUGUCCAUGGCAAUGCAAGCGGAGGGGUUGAAAUACAUUGGAAUGCGUAAUGAACAGGCGGCAUGCUAUGCAGCACAGGCUAUCGGAUAUUUGACCGGUAAACCUGGAGUGUGCCUAGUAGUAUCUGGUCCUGGACUCUUGCACGUUACCGGUGGUAUGGCGAAUGCACAAGUAAACUGCUGGCCACUGUUGGUCAUCGGCGGUUCUACAUCACAGGAUCAUGAAGGUAUUGGCGGGUUCCAAGAAUGCCCACAAGUGGAGCUAAGCCGUCCCUAUUGUAAAUACGCGGCUAGGCCACCAAGUGUGGCUCUUAUUCCUUUGCACGUCGAGAAGGCUGUCCGUCUUGCGUGCUACGGACGACCAGGUGCAGCAUACCUCGACUUCCCAGGAAAUCUUCUAUCAGCGAGAACAACUGACGAUGUGAUUCCGUCACAAUAUGCGCACCCGAAAGGUCCGCAAGUAUUUCCAGAUCCAACAUUGGUAGAAAAAGCUGCUCAGUUGCUGUGCGCUGCUAAAAACCCACUAGUGAUCGUGGGAAAAGGUGCCGCUUACGCACGGUCCGAGGUGCAAGUGCGUCAAUUAAUUCACCAAUCGAACUUUCCCUUUCUUCCUACACCGAUGGGGAAAGGAGUUGUGCCCGACACUGAUCCACAAUGCAUUGCUCCAGCCCGCACACUUGCACUGCAAAAAGCAGACGUCAUUUUGUUACUCGGUGCCCGGCUGAACUGGAUCCUUCACUUUGGUAGACCACCGCGAUUCAAUCCUAAUGUAAAAAUCAUUCAGGUCGACAUAAACGCUGAAGAAAUGCACAACAGUGUGUUGAGCAGUGUCGCUAUUCAAUCUAGCAUUGCACCCUUCACUGAGCAGCUCAUUGAUAUCAUUGGAAAACAGCGCUUCCAGUUCGAUAAAAGCAGCGAAUGGUGGAAGGAACUGAGAGCAAAAUGUGAGAAAAAUCGAACUGUGGUGGAGACAAUGGCCCUAAACACCGAAACUCCGCUGAAUUACUAUGCAGUGUUCCAUCAUUUGCAACAGUACAUUCCAAAGGAUGCCAUAAUUGUUAGCGAAGGUGCUAACACAAUGGAUAUCGGUAGAACGAUGCUGCACAAUAAGCUGGCUCGCCAUCGACUGGACGCAGGUACGUUUGGUACAAUGGGUGUCGGACCAGGAUUUGCCAUCGCAGCCGCUUUGUUCUGUCGUGAUUAUUUCCCUGGCAAGAAGGUAAUUUGUGUCGAGGGAGACUCUGCAUUCGGAUUUUCCGGCAUGGAAAUCGAAACGAUGGUGCGCUAUCAGCUUCCCAUUGUAAUUGUUAUCGUCAACAAUGGUGGCAUUUAUGCAGGAUUUGAUAAGCAAACUUAUGACGAUAUGCGAUCAGGAGGUGACCUCACUCAAGUCACCCCGGCAUCAGCGUUGACUUUUGAAACGCGAUACGAAAGAAUGAUGAGCAUGUUCGAUAUGAAGGGUUAUUUUGUACGCACUAUUUCUGAGCUGCAGUCUGCUGUGAAAGAUGCACUCAUUGCGACCGAUAAACCGACUAUCAUAAAUGUUGCAAUCAGUUCGCAGGCGGAUCGGAAGCCACAAGACUUCAAGUGGCUAACUGAAUCGAAGCUUUAAUCAGGUAUACAUGGUUCAUUUUAAUGCAUUUAACCUCAGUAGGUGUCUGGUAUAUGGUUAUUAUUGUCAAAACAUAACAAAGUGUCUUAAACUAUUAGUAUAACUGCAGGGACGGCAUAGGGUAUAUCACAAGUUAGUGAUUAUUUGGGAUGAAUAAAUGGUACCUAAU